AUGGCUCGUCUGCUGGCGGCGCGAGCCCUUACGCUGGCCCGCCCCUCGGCGGCGCCAUCCGCCCUCCGCUUCUGCCCCUCCCGUGCGCUGUCGGACAAGGUGGACUUCGUCGAGAUCGAUCUCUCCGAGGAGUCCCCUACCUCUUCAUCCGGAGGGGGAGGCGCGGGCGACUCCGCCACGGCUCAGGCGCAGAUGGGGUCGCGGCGCCUGGAGGACGCCAUCCAUGGGGUGCUCGUGCGCCGGGCGGCUCCUGAAUGGCUCCCCUUCGUGCCGGGGGCAUCCUACUGGGUCCCGCCGUUGCCGCGGCCGCUCGGGGUGGCGAACCUCCUCGGCGCGGCUUUGUACACCGCGAGGGGCGACGCGGCGAUGACGGAGGAGGAGGCGUUGAGCUUCACUACCGUGCGGGGGUGGCCAUCCUCGGCGUACUUUGUGGGAGGUGAGGUGGAUUAG